UGUUUUUGUUGCUCGUUCGCUCUCUCUUUCUCUCCUUUUAACUACGCCAUAUUGCCUUUGCAAGAAGAAAAAAAACGACGAUUAUUAUCAAUUGUGCUUUUCGAGAGGUUAUAUUAGCUGCGCUGUAUUAAAGCAAUUCAUUAUUGUGAAAUAAUUGCGAAACGUUUUUGAAAAAAGUUUAUACAAAUAUUUCAAAAUUUUCUGUGCAUUUUAUACAAACAAAAUUAAACGUUAACAGUGUUUUAUUUGUGCAAACAAAUUAAAAUAAAACAAGUUAAUUAUUUUGUUUCUUCUUCUUCUGCUACACACACAAAAGUCACAUAAUUUUUUGUGCUGAGUGCAAAGGCAGUGAUAAAUAAAAGAAAAAAAUUCCAUUUGUUUUAUAAAAACAACAACAAUAAAAAAGAAACUCUUCCUCAUUUAGUUUUUGUUUUCAACUUUUUGUUUUAUUAAAUUCUCUUUUUGUUUAAAAACAAAAAACUUUUUAAAAAAAAAACUUUUAAUUUUUAAAAAAUUUAAAACUUUUCCAACAAAAUUUGCUUAACUUACCGUUAAAUUUGAAAACUCUUCAUAUUUAGUUGUUUUUUGAGUUUUUUUCGCUUAUUUCAUUUAUUAUCUUAAGUGGAUUCUUUGUGAAUUAACAACAAACCAACACCCCCGCCCGUGCAAAGGAAUAUAUUUUUUAUAUGACUUUUGAAAGAAUAAUAGAAACACCAGUAUACCAGAAAACACCUCCAUCUCCACCUCAACGGAGCAAGCUAGUUAGUUCGUGCAUGAAUUCACAUCGGCGUUAUUUAAGUCAUAGGACUUCAAAAUUUUCUAGUAACAGACAUCGGAAACUUCAACCUUUUAGAGAAACGUGAGGCAUUUCAACAUUUAUAAAUGAACUAAAACACGCCCUCGUUUUUCGAAUUUCAAAAAACAAAAACUAUUUUUUAUAAAUAUAAAUAAUAAUAAACCACAACAAUAAAACACAAAAAAAAAUUAAAAUAAAUGUAAAAAAUUUACAAAAAAAAAAAUUCCCCAAAAAAAGCAAAAUAUAAAAUUUCUAAAAAAUUUCAAAAGAAAAACAACACAAGGAGUGUAAAAGCAAAAAAACAAACUUAAAACAGCCGUUAAAAUAAAACAAUAACAACAACAAAAAAGCCCUUAAAAAUAAAGGAAAUAAAACCCAGAACUUUAUAUUUAUAAUAAACAAAACAGGACAUUUUGAAACUAAGUCUCCAGCAAAAAAAAAAAAGACAAAAGUUUCAAAACACCAACACACACACAACAAAAAAACACAAAUUUUUUUUUGUUCAAAUUUGUUUGAACUUUAAAAAACCUUAGACGUUGUCGUACACAGAAGUCCCUUUUAAAAGAAAAACAAACUUCAUGAAUUUAACAAACUGCAUAAAACCAUAUAAUAAAUCAAAAAAUAAAAAUCUUAAACCUUGUAUUCCCAAUACAAACGUCAACCAUAAUUACCCCAAAACAAACGCACGCCAAUUAAGCGAAACAACAACAACAAACAUUAACGAUUCGUAUUACAACUUGUUAAUGUUAAUUGAAAGUGAAGCGGCUGGUAAUGAAGUUGCUGGUUCAGCUUUAUAUUUGGAGCAUUAUUUGAGUUAAAAUCUCAUCAUCAUCAUUAGCAGGAGAGCAAAUAAACUGCAGCAGACCGACAGAUAUAUCGUAGAAAAGGAAACGCCUGAAAAAACAUUAAAAUUAUCUCUUUAAACAAAAACCAUAACAAGGAAUUCUCGAAGAAAAAAAAGGAAACAAAUAGUUUUGAGUCCCAGGAAAUUUAUAUCAUAACAAAAUGGGUUCUGUAAAUGUUAAUCGCAAUGUCACUGACAUUUUCUAUCGCUAUAAAAUGCCACGUAUACAGGCCAAAGUGGAAGGCAAAGGUAAUGGCAUUAAAACGGUCAUAGUCAACAUGGCUGAGGUAGCCAGAGCCAUCGGCAGGCCAGCCACCUAUCCAACCAAGUAUUUUGGUUGUGAACUAGGUGCUCAAACUCAAUUUGAUUACAAGAAUGAACGUUUCAUUGUGAAUGGCUCCCAUGAUGCUGCCAAACUACAAGAUCUCUUAGACGGUUUCAUCCGCAAAUUUGUCUUGUGUCCCGAAUGCGAUAAUCCCGAAACUGAUCUCACUGUUUCGGCUAAAAAUCAAACUAUUUCUCAGUCUUGCAAGGCCUGUGGUUUCCAUGGUCUUCUCAAGGUUAACCAUAAGGUUAAUACGUUUAUUUUAAAGAAUCCACCCACUAUUAAUCCAGCCGCUCAGGGUUCUUCAUUGACUGAGGGUAAACGUACAAAACGUAAGGGUAAAAAUGGUGAGAAUGGUGUUUCCGAUGCCAAUAAUUCGAUGGGUAAAAAUUCGGAUGGUGAUUCGGAUGGCGGUAAUCAGGCCAGUCAGACGGAAGCGGAAAUAAGUGCUGCUUUGCCCGAGAAGAAUGAUGACGAUGAUGAUUGGAGUGUUGAUGUUUCGAAGGAAGCCAUACGUGCUCGUUUACAAGAUUUAACCGAUGGCGCCAAGAGUAUGACCAUUUCGGAUGAUUAUGAUAAAACCGAAAAGGAACGUAUUGAUAUAUUCUACGAAAUUGUUAAAAAGAAGUUGGAUGCUGGUAAAUUAGAAUCGGUAGCCGAACACAAGGAUCUACUCAUUGAAGCCGAACGUUUGGAUAUUGUUAAUAAGGCUUCCCUGGUAUUGGCUGAAUUGCUUUUCUCGGAAAAUCUACCACAAGAUGUGCGCAAACAUCGUGUUUUACUUUUGCGUUUUACCCAUAACAAUCCUAAGGCUCAACGCUAUUUAAUAGGAGGCAUUGAACAGGUGAUAGCCUUGCACAAGGACAAACUUUUAACCAAGGUAGCGGGCAUCUUUAAGCUAUUCUAUGAUGCUGAUAUUUUGGAUGAAAAAGUUAUAUUGGAAUGGUCACAAAAGGUUAGCAAGAAAUAUGUACCAAAAGAUGUGGCCACUGAAAUACACGAAAAGGCUAAACCUUUUAUACAAUGGCUUAAGGAGGCCGAAGAGGAAGAUUCUUCCGAGGAAGAGGAUGAUGAGGAUUCAGAAGUGGAAAUAGAAUACAAUGAUAGGGCACGUGUUGAACCGCUUAAGGCCGUUAACCAGGUGGCCAAUAAUAAGAAGGUCAUUGAGGAGGAGGAUGAUGGCGAGGAGAUUGAUAUCGAUGAUAUCUAAACUGGAUGAAAAAAAAAAAGCAAAACAAACACACAAAUCAAACUACACACUGGCAAAAGUCUUUAAUUUCAAAUAUAAAUAACUUUUUUCUACUUUUUAACUAAAAUAAUAAUAAAACACAAUACUACACCCUCUCUAUAC